AUGCUUGGCUCCGGCACAGGCAUGCUCGGUGAGGAUGGAAUACACAUUGACAUGAAUCACCUGAAGUCUGGUGAAGUCAACCUGGGGACUUCAAUCAUGGCAAUCAAUUUCAAAGACGGCGUCAUUCUGGGAGCGGAUUCUCGGACGACCACCGGAGCAUACAUUGCAAACCGAGUCACAGACAAGCUUACCCAAGUCCACGACACAAUCUGGUGCUGCCGCUCAGGGUCAGCUGCCGACACACAAGCUGUGGCAGAUAUCGUACAAUAUCAUCUUGGAAUGUACGGCAUCAUGAACAACGAACCCCCUACAACUCAAACUGCCGCGGCUCUCUUCCAAGAAUUAUGCUAUGACAACAAGGACCAAUUGAGUGCUGGUAUCAUUAUUGCAGGCUACGACAAGAGAAACGGUGGUCAAGUCUACUCCAUACCCUUGGGCGGAUCAUUACACAAAGGGCCUUAUGCAAUCGCAGGCUCAGGCUCGACUUACAUCUACGGCUUCUGUGAUGCACACUGGAAAGAAGACAUGACGGAAGAGGAAGGAGUCAAUUUUGUCAAGAGUGCUCUUCGAGAGGCAAUCAAAUGGGAUGGCAGUUCUGGCGGCGUCAUUCGAAUGGUGGUAUUGACGGCCAAGGGUGCACAACGGCAUUUGUAUCUGCCAGACCAGGAUUACAAAGGACCCGGGUACAAGUGA